AUGGAGGAAUCUCUGCGCUGGCUGGGACAGGUCCUGGCAGUGGUGGUGCUGGUGCUGCGGCCAGUGAUGAGUCUUGAGAUGCAGUGUCCUGUCCCCAGCAUCCCGCACGGACAGCUGACACCCGCACAGAACCUCACCUACGGCAGCACAGCCAUGCUCCAGUGCGACGCCGGCUACAUCCCCGUGGGUGCAACCACCACCCUGCGGUGCCUGGGUGGCGGCAGAUGGCACCCACGGUUGCCCGCCUGUGUCCUAGAGGUGCAGUGCCCCAGCCCUGUCAUUCCCAACGGCAGAGUGGUCAGCCCCAGGAAAGCCGAAUACACGUUUGGGCACCACAUGGAAUUUCAGUGUGACCAUGGCUACGUGCUGAGGGGCAGCCAGAGGAUCCAGUGCUGGUCUGACGGGACCUGGAGACCCCCCAUGCCGUACUGCGACAAGGUUUGUGGUCCCCCUCCAAAAAUCACCAAUGGGCACCAUGCCAGCUUGACAACAGAGCAGCAUUCAGGCUUGAGAGCAGAACAGUUCCCCUAUGGCUCAGUAAUCAAGUACAGCUGCAUGGAGGGUCUGUCCCUCAUUGGGGACAAUGCCAUCUAUUGCACCUCUGAUGACGGGGAGAACCUGGUGUGGAGUGGACCUGCCCCCCAGUGCAGGGUGGUUCGGUGCCCCAAGCCCGUGGUCGCCAGUGGAAGGAUGGCUCCGCAGGGGCUCACCUUUCCCUACGGGGCGAAGAGAGAAGGUGAUGCUGAUGUAUGCGAAGAGGUUCUUUACAUUAAAAUGGUCUCUGAAUGUGGUGUGCCUAGAGAAGAAAUUAAAAAUCUGCUGGAAAUACAGAAACUGUUCCUGGAGAUUAAAAAGCUAAAGGUGGAACUAGAAAACUUGACCAAACCAUCCAGCGAUGAGCGCGCCAGCAGCUUCCCAGUUGGGUCCAGGGUGAUGUACACCUGCAUCGACGGUGCCAUCAAAAUCCCCGGGAGGUCGGACACGGUGGAGUGCCUGCCUGGCCCGCGCUGGUCAAAGCUGCCCGAGCCCUGCGGCCGGAGCUGUACGGCCCCGACACGGUUGCGGUUUGCUGCACUGUCUGUGGUGGACGAGAGGACUAACUUCUUUCCUGUUGGAACCAACGUGAGGUAUGUCUGCCGUCCCGGCUACGAGAACACAUCGGAAAGCUCCCCUACCAGCACUUGCCUGGAAAACCUGGUGUGGUCGGAAGCUGCUGAACUGUGCAUGAGGCGGUCCUGUGGGGAGCCAGCGGCGCUGCCUGGGGGCAGGACGGGCGUCCUGACAGACCUGCGCUUUGGUGCGAGGGUGAGCGUGUUCUGCGAGAACGG